AUGGGCGGGAGCCUGGGCUGCCACCGGGCCAUCCCCCCGGACCCGUCGGACCCGCCGCCCGGCCGCAAGCUCAGCGCCGCCUGCCACUUCGGCCCCGUCCAGGUCAACCAGGAGCGGCUGAACAUCAACGCGGCGUCGGAGGAGGAGCUGAUGACCCUGCCCGGGGUCACCCGCGCCGUGGCCCGGGCCGUCGUCCAGUACCGCCGCCACAUCGGCGGCUUCAAGAAGGUGGAGGACCUGGCGUUGGUCAGCGGCGUCGGGGCCGCCAGGCUGGAGCAGCUCAAGGUGGAGAUCUGCGUCGGCGGGCGGGGCAGCCCGGCCCCGCCGGACGCGGCCCGCGGCGACCGGGGCCGCCCCGCGUGCCCGCUGGGCCCGGAGCACGUGGCCCGCGGCCGCCCGGCCCGCCAGCCCGGCCCGCCGGGGCCGCGGGGCGGCCGGCCCGUCCUGCGCCUGGCCACCUGGAACCUGCACCGCUGCUGCGCCCGGAAGGCCGGGAACCCCGGCGUCCGAGAGGUCGUCUGCAUGACCCUGCUGGAGAACGGCAUCAAGCUGUUAGCUGUGCAAGAAUUAGUUGACAGAGACGCACUGGAUAAGUUCUGCACGGAGUUGAACCAGCCGACUCUGUCCAAUAUCCAGAGGUGGAAGCAUCCUCGGGGAUCCUGGAAGGCCGUGGUGUCCGAGAAGCCCUCGAGCUGGCGCUAUAAGACCCCAGAGUACUCGGGCUUCCUGUGGGAUGCCUCAGCUGGCAUUGAGCUGAAGGGGAGCCUCUCUCUGGACAUUGUGCAGACCAAUGGCAACGGAAAGCCAGCGGGCCCUCACCCGUAUCUCGCCCGAUUCCAGGUUGGGACAAACCACCUCACACUGGUUAACCUCCACCUGGUUCCACCAUCUUCUCCUGAGGCAGAAGAGAUGGAUCGGAGUCCUGGAGAGAGCCACAGCAUAGUGCCCUUUGCUGAGACUCUGCAAGAAUUGCUGAAAGGCGAUAAAGAGUUGGUUCUACUGGGGGAUUUUGGGCAAGGCCCAGAAAGCAGCGACCACGACGUCUUGCGGAAAGAAAAAUUCCACCCCCUCGUCCCCGCCGGCACCUUCACCAACAUCAGCACCAAGGCCCCGCAAGGAUCCCUGGCGUUACACAACAUCUGGCUCAGUCACAGCUUGAAGAAGGUUUUCACAGGCCACUGGGCCGUGGUCAGAGAAGGCCUAACGAACCCCUGGAUUCCGGACAACUGGUCGUGGGGCGGGGUGGCGUCGGAGCACUGUCCUGUCUUGGCCGAGCUCUACACUGAGCACUGGGGCUGGAGCGAGGGGACAGGGACCAGCGACGGCGGCCCCGAAGGGAGGCCUGAAGCCAACUCCAAGCCCGAGCGGUGAUGAGCCAGAGGGGCUCUCCCUUCCCCUCAGCCCGGUGGGGGUGGGCGGCC